ACUCAACUAUAACCUCUUAUUUGUUUAUCUGUCAAAUUGACAAACAAAUACCAACAUAAAAAAUAAAAACCCACCAAACAUUUGACAUAACAACUGUCAAAACUUGCAUAAGGGGGUUAUUUUGUGAUUAUUAAAAACAACAAAAAUUAUAUAACAGCACAAUGUCGGCGUCAGGUCGAGCAUCUAUUGGUUUACUGAAACGAGGAUGGCAUGAGAUUCCUGAUGUGAUGGGCAGUGGUGUAAUGGCCCUUAUUGGGCUUGGAAUGGGGGUUUUUAGUUUACACUUAUAUUACAAUGUUAAAGAUGGGGAUAACAGACGAUAUAAAGUCGAAUACACUGUAAUUCGUCAUGAUGACCCACGAGCAGAAAAAGUCAGAAAGGAUUAAAAAGUUAGAUAAUCAAUAUACGUUUUAUUGUAGUACCAUUUGUUUUUGUUUAAUAAAUAAUAAUUUCAUCA